AUGGCCAGCGAUGCAAAUACGGCACCAAAUCCAGUUCGUAACAUCGGAAAAGUUCAAAAGUUCACUGUGGGAACUGACUUCGAGGCGUAUACAGAACAGUUAGGAUUCUUCUUCGUGGCCAAUGGAGUGACCGACGCGAAACAGAAGAAAGCCAUCCUGUUAACCAAUCUUCCCACUGAAACGUACCAACUGGCGAAAGAUUUGAUGGCUCCGACCUUGUUAGGAGAAGAUUCUCUCACGUACAACGCAAUCGUAGAGCGUCUCCGCGAACAAUUGAAGCCACAGAAGUCUGCUUUAGUAGCCAGGUAUGAGUUUGACAACCGAGCACGUAACGCAGGAGAAACGGUGAGUCAAUAUGUUGCUGUUUUGAAACAUCUAGCUAUGGAUUGCAAAUUUAACGACGCCAUGCGUUUGGAAAGGCUUAGAGAUAGACUGGUUUCGGGUAUUCGAGAUAAGAGAAUGAUGUCAGAGCUUUUGAAACUUAAGCUUGAGGAACUAACAUUUGACAUUGCUGUUGCAAAGUGCUUAGCUAUUGAGCAAUCUUACAAGGAUGUUGAAGCUCUCCAGGGGAAUAAAGCGUCAGAAUCAAUCGAUCUAUUAGCCAAAUCAAAGCCAGGCAAGAAGCUUAAAUUCAAGAGAGAAGCCAAGCUUUCAGAGAAAAAGGGUUCUUUUUCCCCCAAGAGAACGGGUGAUCAAAGUUGCUACCGCUGUUUGGGAAUUCAUGAUCACAAAAGUUGUCCAUUCAAGAAAGAAAAAUGCCACCACUGUAACAAGACUGGUCACAUUGUGAGGGCUUGUAAAUCAAAGAAAAAAGAGACACAAGUUUCCCAACCCCCAGUAAAUUAUGUAGACAGCGAUGACGGGGACAGCGAUGAUUAUUUGGCAUCCCUUGAGGUUAAUAAUGUGGGUGACAAGGAUCACGUAAUAUGGGUCAACCCCGAAAUACAGGGAAAGGUGGUCAAGAUGGAACUAGACACAGGGUCAGCGGUGUCUGUACUUCCAUACAAACAAUAUAAGGAACAUUUUAAUCAUGUCAAACUUUCAAAGAGCCUUGUGACACUUAAGACAUACACUGGGCAGAAAAUCACACCUAAGGGAGAGAUGAGAUGUAAUGUUAAGUUCAAGGGCCAGGAAAAAGAGUUAAACCUACAAGUUGUUGAGACGCAGGGACCAGCACUGUUUGGGCGUGACUGGCUGUCCAACAUUCAACUGAACUGGGGUGAAAUCAAAACCUUUAAGCUUAGCAAGACUUCAGAAGGGGGUAUGGCACGCAAAGUGGAUCAGCUACUACAGAAGUACGAGUCUGUAUUCUCCGAAAAUCUGGGCACACUUAAAGGCUACAAGGCGGAUUUGAAGGUCGAGGAAGGCUGCCAGUCCAGCUUUCAUAAACCACGCCAAGUGCCAUACGCACUCCGCCCCAAAGUAGAAGCAGAAUUGACACGCUUAGAGAAGGAAGGUAUUCUCUCUAAAGUAGAAUACAGUGAAUGGGCGACCCCAAUUGUCCCGGUAGUCAAGCGAAACGGAUCGGUACGAGUUUGUGGCGAUUUUAAGGUCUCAGUGAACCCAGUACUUCUUGCAGAACAGUACCCUCUGCCACGUAUAGAGGAUAUUUUUGCAAAUUUGGCUGGCGGUAGACAUUUCAGCAAGCUUGACCUUCGCCAAGCUUAUCACCAGAUGGAAGUAACCGAAAGAUCCAAGGAACUCCUUACGAUUAAUACACACAAGGGCCUUUUUCGAUACAAUCGCUUAGUCUUUGGCAUCUCUUCGUCUCCAGCCAUUUGGCAGCGUGCCAUAGACCAGGUAUUACAGGGAAUACCUGGGACCCAGUGCAUCCUUGAUGACAUGAUUGUCACAGGCAAAACCGAUGAAGAACAUUUGGAGAACCUGGAGAGUGUACUCAAGCGAUUACAAGAUGCGGGUCUGAAGGCUAACAAGGAGAAGUGCGAGUUCUUCAAAGAUAGAGUUCAGUUUUGUGGGCAUGAGAUCGAUAAGGAAGGUCUACACAAGACACAAGAGAAGAUUGAAGCAGUGGUCAGUGCACCAAGACCUGAGAAUGUGUCACAGCUUCGCUCAUUUUUAGGGCUCGUAAACUAUUACAACCGUUUCUUGCCCAAUGCGUCUACAGUUCUCCACCCACUUCACCAGUUGUUAGAGCAAAACAACGAAUGGCAGUGGACUGAACGGUGCGAGCGAGCGUUCACUGAGGCUAAGCGUAUGAUUACAUCUGAGCAGGUGCUAACGCACUAUGACCCAGCAUUACCGGUUAGGCUGGCAUGUGAUGCUUCACCAACUGGCAUCGGCGCGGUUCUUUCACACGUCAUGUCCGAUGGUAGCGAAAGGCCGGUAGCUUUUGCGUCCCGAUCGUUGACCAAGACUGAACGACGGUAUGCACAGAUAGACAAGGAGGCAUUGUCCAUUGUGUGGGGGGUGAAACGAUUUCAUGUUUACCUCUAUGGGAGACGAUUUACGCUCAUUACAGACCACAAGCCCCUCACUGCCAUCUUCCACCCAGAAAAGGGAGUUCCAGCCAUGACUGCUGCAAGGCUUCAGCGAUAUGCAUUGUUCUUGUCUGGGUUCGACUAUAUCAUUGAGUAUAAGAGUACAACCAAACACUGCAAUGCCGAUGGACUGUCGCGGCUCCCUCUCCAGCAGAAAGAGCGAGAAGACUUGGAGGUGGAUUCAACAGAGGUGUUCCACGCCUCUCAGUUUGUGCCAUUACCUAUAACCAGUGAAGCAGUGGCAAGAGAAACACGUCGUGACGUUGUCCUAGCGAGGAUACAUGAUUCUAUCGUGAAAGGAUGGUCUACUCGUGUGGAGGGAGACAAGCCUUAUUACGAGCGACGCAAUGAACUGACAGUUCACCAAGGCUGCAUCCUAUGGGGAAUGAGAGUGGUAGUUCCCAAUAAGUUACAAAGCAGAGUGUUAGAGGAACUUCAUGAUGGGCAUCUGGGCAUGGUCAAAAUGAAAGCACUCGCGAGGAGCUACGUAUGGUGGCCUAAUAUCAAUGGUCAUCUGGAAGAGCUAGCGAAAGGCUGCAGCGGGUGUCAGCAAAACCAGAAGAUGCCUGCUAAAACACCACUACAUCCGUGGGAGUGGGCCACUACACCAUGGCAGCGUAUACACAUCGACUACGCAGGGCCAUUUCAGAACUCGAUGUUCUUAGUGGUUGUCGACGCACACACCAAGUGGCCAGAAGUGGUUCCAGUCAAGUCAACUUCUUCAAGUUCGACUAUCGAAAUUCUACGCGAUUUGUUCGCCAGAUUUGGAAUUCCAGAACAGAUAGUCAGUGACAAUGGUACACAGUUUGUUUCUGAGGAAUUCCAGACAUUUGUCAAGUCCAAUGGCAUCCGCCAUAUAACUUCAGCACCGUACCAUCCAGCGACGAAUGGUCUUGCGGAAAGGACAGUACAAACCUUCAAACAGGCUUUGCGUUCCAUGCGUCAAAGCCCCAAGCCAGUGAGGGAGAAGUUGGCGAAGUUUCUCAUAGCUUACAGGAACACUCCACACUCCACCACCGGUGAGAGCCCAGCACAGUUACUCCUGGGAAGACCAUUGCGUACUCUCCUAGAUUUGGUGAAACCUAACUUAAACCGUAAGAUGGUUAACCAACAACACCAGCAGAGCAUUAAGGCAGCGAUUGACAAGGGUAAACAGUAUCGCCAGUUAGAGAUUGGUGACUCAGUUAUGUCACGGGAUUAUCGAGGGGAUCUGAAGUGGCGUCCAGGGCUGAUUGUUAACAAAACAGGUCCGCUGAUGUAUGAGGUACAGGUGGCACCGGGACUGAUCUGGCGCCGACAUAUUGAUCAGUUGAGACCAACGGCAGUUGGACACACAGUUGAAAGCACUGACGCCGACUGUAGUGUUGAAGUCAGCCAACCUGAAGUGGCCAACACACCACUGACCCCAAUUACAUCAAGUACUCCAACCACUGAGGGCGGCACAGCUCCAGGAGGUUCCAAAAAAGAUCAACCAAAGAUGGUUCCUGUUUCCACACCUACGGUACCUGACCCUCCUGAUGCUAAACCAGCUACAGUUAGUCCGAUGGUCAAAAUGCGACAACACCCUCAGAGAGUUCGCAGGGCACCACAGAGGCUUGAUCUCUGA